GUUGGACCUCUGCGGUCGUAUCCAGCUGCACUCGGCGAAGCAAUUUAUUGAGACUACAGUCAUUGUCAAAUAGACUAACCAGAUACAUGUCAAGUAAGUGAGUAGCAUUUGGCAAUUUUAUGAAAAUAAUUGGACUAGAACAGCUUCUAUUGACAUGAAUGCAAUUAUAGUUUGAUACGCACAUGUUAAUAAAUGUGGAAGAAUGACAUAAUUGGAAUCUUUUGGUGCUGUAGUACCAAUUAUUGUAGUGAAAUGAAAUGAUUAACAAUAAAACCUAAAAUACUUAUUUCUUUAGCUUUUAAGGUAACCUUUUUCAGUCUCAUCCUGUAGUUAAAAAGCUUAUAAUCAUAGUUAAUUUUGCCUAUAGCAAAACUACGGUAAAAGAUGAGUUUUCUCUUCCGUGGAAAGGUUUGACCAUUCCAGAGUACCUAAUUACACUCCAGUUUUUCUAGGAAUGGGUUGCUCGAUCUUUGGUCACCUGUGAAGUGAUUUGAAUUUAAAAUUGUAUAAUACAUGUAUUAAGUUUUAUAAUCAGAGAAGUUUUAGAAAUACUUAGCAAGUAAUGUUUAAUAUACAAGUAUACAUUAUAUAGAACUGCAUCUUUGCUGCAAUUUCUGGCAACAGUUAUUUGAUUAUAAGUUCAUUAUGUGUUAUAUGUACAUGUAUGCUCUGUUCUGUAAAUUAAAGUCUUUAAGUAUCUGGUUCAGCCACUUUAUUGUUCUAAACAUUAUAAGUAUUUUCAUAAAACCUAUUUUGCUUGAUGUGACCAGUGGUCAGGUGUAAUUUCAGACUACCAGUAAUUUACAAAUCCUAGAACACAGUUAUGUGACCUAUCAGCUUCUAGUUUUAUUUGAUUGACAGAUGAAAAUCACACAUCCUUGGACACAUUCCUUUCUUUUCAAGAUGAUAUUAUAAUUUUUCCAACAACUGGCCAGUUAUUGGAUUUUGAAUAUUUGUUAUAAGGAUAACGUCAUAAAUUGUGCCUCAGACAAGAUUAUAAUUUGAAAAUUUUAUCUGGGAACAGACUCUAUUGAUUGGACUUCAUUAAUGUUUACAUUGACAACAAAUCAUUGCAUGCAAUGGUAUACAAAACAUUGUCGAAAGCAUUUGUCGUAACUUGAACAAAUCUUUUUAAGAUAUAGCUGAAAGUGUUCAUAAAUUUCUUUAUUGAUAAUUAUUCACAAUUAUUGUCACAAGGCAGCUGUUAGGAUUUCAGUCAAUAUUAUCUUGAUAAAAAAUGAUGUUCAGACAAUGUUUGACUACAGAUUUGUAAGGAAUGAUUUUCCUGAGAUUUCUUAUUAUGGAACUGACUUCAGUAGUGAAUUUUAAAUGGUGAAAGUGUUAGACUGGAUAUGAUGUGAAGGACAAGUCAAAACAAAUAGGAGUAAGAUCUUAUGUGUGAACUACUUGUAUAUGUUUUUUUAAACUCUGCAGAUUCAUCAGACAAAAGGACAUACAUUAAUAUAUUGUGAUACAGAGUCUUGAUUGGAGAUGCAGCUCUAAUGCCACAAUCAUUUGACAUCAUAACAGCUUAUCUAUUACUUUUGCUUGUUUUAGAUGAUUUUCUAUGAAUUGGAGUCAUCUUUCUAAAGGAAUAUGAUACUAUCUAUAUUAUAGUGAAUAUUAAUAGCAGUAUAAGGUGACAGUUAAUGAAUGGAAAUGUAAAGAGCAAAGGUGUGAGUUGUGAUAUUUUAACUUCUCUGACUUAAAUGUCUCAGACAUGUACUUUUGUUUUGUGGCAGAAUAUUAUAUAGGAAGUUAAUUAUUACUCUUUGACAGUUUACAAUAGACAAUACUUGCAUUUAAGAUGGAUAAAACUAUAGUUAUACCAAUGAACAUUUCACACACCCAGAAUGAUGGAUUUGACUUCAAAGAUACAAAUUAUCACUUUCCAGAUUAUUUUAAUGUAUUAGCCACUGCGUAUUUGGCUAUCAUUGACAUUUUUAUCAUAGUGGGGAACUUGUGGGUUAUUUUUAUAAUUCUAUCCAAAGUUCGUAAGAGUAUGUAUUUGUUGUCAUCUUUGGUUGUUUCUGAUCUUCUGACUGGUAUUACCUCUAUUCCUUUGUAUCUUUUGUGGCUUCAUCGUAUUGAUCUAUUUGUAUCACAUCCUAUGUGCUUCGGUUCUUUAAUGACUUCAUUGUUUCUAUGUGCAGCCUCAAUUUUGAAUAUUGUUGCCAUGACAAUUGAGCGUUACAUUGCUAUUUGCCACCCAAUGUUUCACAAGUCUUUUGUAAAGGUCAAUUUCAGAGUUAUACUUUCAGUGACAAUUUGUGGAAUUUGGCUGACAAGUUUUCUUAUAAGUCUCUUUUCUUUCAUUUUCAUGAAAACUGAUUUCUUGAUUUGCUCCUAUUACAAUGUUUAUGAUGGUCAGUUUCUGUUUUGGGCAAUAAUAUUAGGAGUAUUCAGCCCUUUCUGCCUUUUGUCAUUUAUGUAUGUAAAAAUGUUUCUUUCAGUAAAAAAUUGCUUUAAAAGAGAAAUUGUACAAAGAAUCAGGUUAACAAGCUCUAGCUCUCAAACUCGUCAGAAAAACAUUUACAAGGCCCUUAGGAAAAUGGUGUCAACUCUAUGUUUGGUUUUGAUGUGCUUUGUGUUUUGUUGGUUUCCAUUUUUUAUUACAAUAUUUUUACGAGUGGUAUGUAAAGAGUGUAUACUGCCAAUACUGGCUUAUGAAAUCAUACUGUUACUUGGUAUGACAAAUUCUUUCACAAAUCCUAUCAUUUAUUGUCUAAGACACAGGUCAUUCAGAUUGUCAUGGAGACGAGGAACAUAUGCUGAACAGGAAAGAAGUAACAGUCACAAUUUUUCAGAUUGAUAAGUACUUAACUUCAGUUGGAAAACUAGUUUUCCAUUAAAAUACUUUAUUGAUUAUUUCUGCUGGGUUCAUUGUGUUAGUAUGUUCUUGCACCUCUUCAUUCAUCUUUCUUGCAACAGCAACUCUGCAUAAACCGAUGACUAGAUUUCAGUUAAAUCUUCCCAUUCCUAAUGACAUUCAAAAACUUAUUAAUAGGUUUAAAGAGAAGUUCAUAUUUAGGAGCUGUGGUUGCAGUUUAUAUUGUCAAUAUUUGUCUCAAUGCUCCUGUUUACCUUACAAACCAGGUAAAUAUAAACAGGUGUCUUUCUAAUGUGUUAUGUGUAAUUGACUAUAAUACUGUACCAUCUUUAUACACAGUAGGUCUUGCAAAUUUGUUUGUUCCUAUCUCAUAAAUAUGUGCCCUUCACCCACUUUUAUUCAUCAAAUCUGUCUUUAGUGUUCCCAAGCACAAAACAGAGCAGGGGACAUUAUCAGCAUUGUUCUGGACCAGUUUAAUCAACAAUUUUUCAGGAGUUAUUUUUGACUUUCACAUUUUGUUAUGCUGGACCUAUAAAGCUACUAUACAGUAUGGGUUUUGUUCAUUGUUGAAGGCCAUUCUAAUUGAUUACAAUGGAUAGUUUUUUGUUGGCUAUCAAACUACACUACCUUAUUUUUAUAGUGAUCAUCAGUGUUUGUUCUUGCUAAAAGUGAUACAUUUGCAACAAAUUUCAGUUCUUGCUCAAGGCGAUAUGCUUGCAUCAAAUUUCCAAGUAGAUUAGUUGCUUCAACAGUAAUAGAUAGUGAUGCUAUAUUAAAGAGACAGUUAAUUUCCUUAUAAAAGAUUUUCUAACAAUGGAGGGUUCAUAGUAGAAGUCAGCUAAAAAGACAUGUGUUUUGAUAUGGGUUCAAUCUUUCUCACAACCUUUUUGAGAGAAUACAACUUAUUUUCAAGUUUCUAGCUUAUGUUGUAUUGUGCUGAUUUACUCUUCUUUGCAGUGGUUUAAAUAGGUAAUUCUCUAGGUUUAUCAAUUUAUUUCAGUUUAUCAUUCAAAAAUUUCAUUUUAUGCAACACAACCCUCUUUACAAUCAUUUUAUUUUGGUACUAUACUUAACUAUCAUAUACUAACUUUUGACCCUUUAAUAGAUCAUAAUUAUGAGAAUGUGUAUACUAUAUUGUGAUGGUUUAUAAUCAAUAUGUCUCCUAUCCUAAAUCAUUUGUCAACUUAUGUCUGAAGUGUAUGAAGAUUUAUUAGUUAUUAACUGAUGUAGAAUAUUAAACUGAAUCCCUUAAAUAAUGCCUAAUAGAAUUGCCAUUACUAUGCUGUUUUGUUUGAUAUAAUUAUUUGAUUGCACCUUUGAAAGACAAUUGUCAUUAGAAGGAAAUAAAACAUAUGAAACAGCAUUAGUAAAUUGGUUUUGGUAGGAUUAGUUUAUUGGAGUUCUGGGAUAGAGGAUAUUUCAAUGUUAAAAGGGUCGUAGUAAGUGGCAUUUUUCUGUGCAUCAACCUAGUCUUUUGCAAAGAUGAUUUAAAGCAAAUGAAAUAUCAUUUAAACAGAUUGCCAAUUAAAAUAUUGGACCACACUUUUCUACUUUGACACCCUCAACCCUUGAAAAGCUAAGAUCAAGUGACAUUAUUUAAAAGUUGUUAUUGCAUGCAGAUGAUGUGCUGUUUAUCCCAACAAUGUAUAGCUUUCUGACAAUAUAGUGUGGAACUCAGAAAUAAAAAGUAAUCAGGGACUUCUGUAUAAUGGGCAGUUAAAUCUUACUAUGUUGUGUAGAUAUUGGAUGUAGGUUUAUGAGAUGACUACCUUUGUAGAUAAGUAAUACAUGUAAGCUUCCAUUCUUAACAUAUAAUUUAACAGGAACUUGUGCUAAAAAUAACUAGUUAAGCUGAAACUGCUUCAUUGAAAAUUUUCCAUUUCUUGUUAUCAUUGUAAGAUAGUGUCCCAUGGUUGGUGAUAGUCAAAUUUCUUUAAAAAAAGAAGAUUAUGUAAUGUAAAUCAUAUGCAUUAGAUUACGGUAUUAACUUAUACAACAAGCUUUCAAUCCUUGUGUUUUAUAUAAACUCCAUUUCAACACAACACAUCAAAUGUAUAUAGGCUACUAAAGAAAAAUAGAAUUGCUGUUUUUUAGAAAUCUUUAUACUGAAGAUUUACAAUGGAGUUAAAUAAUAUGCUACACAAUUAUAGCUUGUAUUAUAGAUUUUGUAACUACUUGUAUAUGUAGAAGUGGAAAAUUGAACUGUAAUUGGUCAUUUAAAGGGAAAACUUUGUAGCAGCAAAAGAGAUCAUCUACAUGUAUUCACUUUGCUUUUGUAAAAUUUAUUUCUGUAAAAAAAUAUGUAUUGCAAAAUGUUUGUAUUAAAUAUUUUUUAAUGUCCUUAAUGGUUUUAAGGUAGUUAUUUUCUUAAUUAUCUGUUAAUUGUUAAUAUAUCAUACGUUAUUGUACUCUUUUAUUAUUGUUGAUGUGAAAUAAAUAUGUUAUGUUCUGAGCUUUUGGGUUUAGUGAAAUUAACAAUGAAAUAUUUUUAUUUACCUACAUAAAUUCACCAUUUUACUAAUAUUUGAUACUUUUCAAUGAUUUUCUUCUCAAAAGUUCGAACCAGACUCAAUAGUGACAGUUCAAGACAGUUCAAACAAUUCCAAUUCCAAUGGACAUUUAUUUGUCUUUCUUUGGCAGAUGAAUUAAUAGUCAAUACUUGUUAUACCCUUGGAGGGGUAAACUGGUUUAGCUCUGUGUGUCUGUCUGUCUGUCUGUCUUUGUGGAAAUCUUUAUACAUUAUCACAAAUAACCUAUAAUUUGAAUAUUUAGUUUAUUAUUUUUGGCUAAUUCAGUGUAAAUGUCAACCCUUAAAAGAAAAUGUUUUCAUAACUAUACCCCUGCUUUGAAGAAGGGGGUUUACAGUAUACCAGUGAUGGACAGUGAAACUCAGAUCAGGAUAUUGGGAAAUUUCGGUUUUGAGUUUAAACCUCAGAUCAGGAGGUUUUUUUAUGGCCCUGCAACAAAGUUGCCAAAAGGGCCAUAUAGUUUUACCCUUUCCGUCAUUCCACAACAAACAGUUAUACAGACUUUUUUCUAAACCCCUACACAUAUUGAGCUGAUUUUUAGUAUGUGAGUCUACUAUGGUGAGUUACAGAUUGAAUUUAGGUCUGGUUCCGCUCCACUGAUUUGUGGCGAAAUUACUGGGUUUGGACUUUGAAAAUUUCUUGAAAAUAACAGCUAUUUGUAUUUUCAUUCUAAAAAUGGCUUCAAGCUUUUUUUUUUGCAAGCAGGGCCAUUUGUGUUGUUCCAAAACAUCUGAUGUCAAAAUUGUCUUUUUUGUGUGUUUUUUCUUCAAUCUUCCAUCUGAAUGUAAUAAUAUCACUGUGUUUACAGUACCCUUGUAGUCUGUCUAUUUGAAUGAUAUUAGUUGAAAGAAUUAUUGAGAAGAUUCUAUUUCUGGCUUGGAUUUUGAUAAUACUGGUUUACCUCUGUCUAUCUGCCUGUCCCAUAAUAUGUUUGUCCCAAUUUUCUCAGGAACUACAAAUCAGAGAUUCCUGAAAUUUGGUAUAAACAUGUCUCCUGUGAGUUACAUUUUCAAAGUCAUCACUCAUCAACUUCCUGUUUACUGCACCUACACAUUUCACUUUGAUAAAUAUAAGUAUAUGUCAUUGAGACAGCAACCAAACAACUAAAAAAAACCAAAGACAUCUUGAGGGCAAUGUACAGUCUUCAACUUAACACAACCAAAUCGUUUCUAACUUCUUAGGAAUGAAGAUUUCAGUGCCAUCUAUUUUGUGCUGAUUAGGAGUAAUACAUGGUGGCAAUGAUGGCACAUAAUCUCAAUUGAAUCAUAUUUUCUUUGUUGUUAUACGACCGCAAAAAAUUUUUGCAGUCGUAUAUUGGUAUGACGUUGGCGUCGUCGUCGUCCGAAGACACAUUGGUUUUCGCACAAUAACUUUAGUUAAAGUGAAUGGAUCUCUAUGAAAUUUUACCAUAAGGUUCAAUACCACAAAAGGAAGGUUGGGAUUGAUUUUAGGGGUUAUGGUACCAACAGUUAAGGAAUUAGGGGCCAAAAAGGGGCCAAAAAUAAGCAUUUUUCUAGUUUCCAGACAAUAACUUGUGGAACGGUGUAUGGAUCUCUCUGAAAUUAUACCACACGUUUCCAUACCACAAAGGGAUGGUUAGGAUUUGCUUUGGGGGGUUAUGGCUCAAACCGUUUAGGAAUUAGGGGCAAAAAAAGG